AUGAGUUCAGAUUCAGACGAUACCCCCCUGGUCCGUUCCAAUGGACGCGCCAAUGCUGCACCCUCUUCCAACCGAUCGAGCGCAAAGCUACCCUCGAAUGAAGUUAACGGCGACCUGGCUACCGGUGUGUCUAUUAGGUUUGGUCCCUUGGUGGGCGAGGAUGCGGAGAUGGAGGAUAUGGACGCGCAAGGCGCAAGUAAGCGCAAAUCUCGGGCGAGCAUUGACAAGAAAAAGUCAUAUGCUGAGCCAGAUAGUAGCUCGGAGGAGGAUCAACCUUUGAGUAAACGUCGGCGAACAACUUCUGUGAAACAAGAAGAACUGGAGUCAGACGAUGGCAUCCCCCUCGCCAAAAAUGGACGAAAGCUCCCUUCAGCCUCCGAAACCGCCAUUGGCGAGGAGUCCGACUCCGAUGUUCCAAUUGAGAGGAAGCUUUCGGCGCAAAAGAAACAGAUUGAGCAGAAGGCCGCGAAGGAAGCCAAGACUGCGCGCAAACUCGCUGUCCCAAAAAAGGAAACUAAGCCUGCCGCUAAGAGACAAUCCAAUGGUGUCAAAAAAGAAACCGUCGAUGAUAAUAAGUCCGCCGUGAAAAAGGUAAAGGCUGAACCAGCGGCUAAGAAGGUGAAGGUCAAGGCUGAGAGCGAAAAACCUGAAGAUGGUGAGUCUGACGAAGAUGAGUAUAAAUGGUGGGAGGACCCAACCAAGGGUGACGGAACCAAGAAGUGGACGACGCUGGAGCACAACGGCGUCCCUCUCCCAAAGAACGUCAGCAUGCGAUACAACGGAACUCCGAUUUCUCUCCACCCAGAUGCAGAGGAAGUUGCUAGUUUCUUUGGAAGCAUGCUCAACUCAACCCACAACGUAGAGAACCCAGUCUUCCAGAAGAAUUUCUUCAAUGAUUUUCAGGAUAUCGUCAAGAAAACUGGCGGCGCGAAGGAUGUGCAAGGCAAGAAAGUCGAUAUUAAGGAAUUUACCAAAUGUGACUUCAAGCCCAUCUUUGAAUAUUAUGAUGCGCAGCGUUUGGAGAAGAAAAACCAGCCCCCGGCCGAGAAGAAGAAAUUGAAGGCCGAGAAAGAUGAGCAAGAGGCUCCCUACCAGUUUUGUACCUGGGACGGUCGCAAACAAAAGGUUGGCAACUUCCGCGUGGAGCCUCCCUCACUUUUCCGUGGACGCGGUGAGCAUCCAAAGACUGGACACGUCAAGACACGCGUGAAGCCUGAACAAAUCACCAUCAACAUCGGCAAGGAAGCCACGGUUCCACCUCCUCCUGCUGGUCAUAGAUGGAAGGAGGUUAAGCAUGACCAAGAAGGCACAUGGUUGGCUAUGUGGCAGGAAAACAUCAAUGGCAACUACAAGUAUGUCAUGCUGGCGGCCAACUCCGAUGUCAAGGGACAAAGCGACUACAAGAAGUUCGAAAAGGCGCGCGAGCUGAAAAAGCAUAUCGACAAAAUCCGCAAGGACUACCAAAAGAACCUCAAGAACGACUUGAUGGUCGAACGUCAGAAGGCCACGGCAGUUUAUCUCAUCGAUCAGUUCGCACUCCGUGCUGGAAACGAAAAGGGUGAAGACGAGGCAGAGACUGUUGGCUGCUGCUCGCUCAAAUACGAGAACAUCAGCCUGCAGCCACCCAAUACUGUCAUCUUCGAUUUUCUGGGUAAAGAUAGUAUUCGUUUCUAUGAUGAAGUCAAGGUCGACCUUCAGGUGUUCAAAAACCUCAAGAUCUUUAAGAAAGCACCCAAGAAGAAUGGUGAUGAAAUCUUUGACCGAUUGACUACAUCUGCCCUCAACAAACACUUGCAAAAUUACAUGCCUGGCCUGACAGCUAAAGUGUUUCGUACUUACAAUGCCUCAUUCACAAUGAGCACCCUUCUGAGGGAUUUGAAGGCUUCGGGUACCAUCGCUGAGAAGAUCAAGUCUUACAACGAUGCUAACCGCAGGGUUGCUAUCUUGUGUAACCACAAACGUACAGUCACUGCUGGUCAUGCCGGUCAGAUGGAGAAGUUGGGAGAGCGGAUCAAGGGACUUCGCUAUCAAAAAUGGCGUUUGAAACAGCAGAUGCUUGACCUGGAACCCAACCUCAAGAAGAAGAAGGGAGCCUCCUUCUUCGCGCGUGAUGAAGAUCUCACCGAGGAAUGGGUGAAAGAACAUCAGGCGUUCCUGGUGGAGGAGCAAACUCAAAAGAUCAACAAAAAAUUUGAGAAAGAUAACGAGAAACUUCUUGCUGAGGGUGAGAAAGAGAUGAAGGCAUCCGAGCUCAAAGAACGCUUGGAAGUCGUUAAGGAUAUGGAGAAGAAGUUCGCCAAAGAGAACAAGUCCGGCAAGGUCGAAGCCGAAGGCCGGGGCCCCACUGUGGAUAAAAUCGAGGCCAGCAUCACCAAGCUUGAUCAACGUGUUGAGACUAUGUCUCUUCAAGCCCAGGACAAGGAAGAUAACAAGGAGGUUGCCCUGGGUACCUCGAAGAUUAAUUACAUCGACCCUCGUCUUACUGUUGUCUUCAGCAAGAAAUUUAACGUCCCUAUUGAGAAGUUUUUCUCGAAGGCUUUACGCGAGAAGUUUGAAUGGGCUAUCAAAUCCGUUGAAGAGGACUGGGAAUUCUAG